AUGGCUUCCACAGGCUCAAAGGCCCCGACAGACCAAGAGAUCGCAGUGCAGUUGCGGCAGCGGCAGGGCGAGUUGCAGGCGUUGGUGCAGAAGAUCACGGAGCUCGAACGAGAGGCAGAAGAGCACUCCCUCGUCAUCGAAACCCUCCAAGAAGCGCACCAAUCCACGCCCGACCGAAAGUGUUUCCGCCUUGUCGGCGGAGUCCUGGUCGAACGGACGGUCAAGGACGUGUUGCCCCAGCUUGAGGGACAGUUUGAGCAACUCAAGGGGGUAUUGGAGACGCUGACGGGGCAGUAUAAGACGAAGGAAUCGGCGUUCGCGCAAUGGCAGCGGGAUAACAACAUCGUGAUCCGCCAACGAUGA